CGACACCGACCGCAGCGGCUACAUCGAAGCCAACGAGCUCAAGGGCUUCUUGUCGGACCUGCUGAAGAAGGCGAACCGGCCCUACGACGAGCCCAAGCUGCAGGAGUACACGCAGACCAUCCUGCGGAUGUUCGACAUGAACGGCGACGGGAAGCUGGGCCUCUCCGAGAUGUCCCGACUUUUGCCUGUGCAGGAAAACUUCCUUCUGAAGUUUCAGGGGAUGAAGCUGUCCUCGGAGGAGUUCAAUGCCAUCUUCGCUUUCUAUGACAAGGACGGAAGCGGCUUCAUCGACGAGAACGAGCUGGACGCGCUUUUGAAAGACCUCUACGAGAAGAAUAAGAAAGAGAUGAACAUCCAGCAGCUCACCAACUACAGGAAGAGCAUCAUGAACCUGUCCCACGGGGGCAAACUCUACCGCAAGGAGCUGGAGAUCGUGCUCUGCAACGAGCCCCCCAUGUAGGGACACCCCACCCCGCCCUGCGCUCUUCUUCCUCCCCAAAAACCAGCACAAUGGGGGAGCACCCAGCGC